CGGAUUGAAUCCUCGAAUGGAAAAUUUGAAUCUGGAAAAUAGUUCUGUGGUUUCCAACAUGAAUAUGGAAAAUACUUCGAUGGUUUCUAGUAUGAAUCUGGAAAACACUUCGAUGGUUACUAAUACGAAUAUGGAAAACAAUUCAAUUCUUUCUCCGAAUCCUUCCUUUGCCGGAAGUGUUGGCAGCAUUUCUUUCACUGAGCAGAACAAUACUGAUAUAGGUACUGAUCUUGAUUUAAAUUCGGAUAUAUCGAUGCAAAGUAAUCUUGAUGAUCUCAACAACUCAAUCAACUUUUCUGAGGAUGAGCAUUCGGUCGCUAAAAGUGAUCAUAAUGACACAAAUGCUGUUAAUCCAGAUCCGCCAGUUUCGGCACCUAUGGGAAUGUUUGCGAGCCAGAACAAACGUUUUUUCAACUUCCAGGGUUUUUUUCCGAAAUAGUUUUGUUGUUUAAGCUGCCAUAAUCUAAGUAUUAUACUGAGUAAGAAUAUUUUUUGUAUUUUACGUUGAAAAUCUAAAAUGAGAUUAAUUUCAAGAAAUCUGUCA